GAGCGAACAUGGCAGCAGUAUGAGGAGGCUGGCGCCGGCUCGUGGCCACAGCUGCCGCGCUGCAGCUCGGGAUCCCAGUCCGGCGCGCUCCGGGCCGCAUCCUUAGCCGGCCUCCCGGCGGCCGCGGGAUUAUUUCAUUCUGAGCGGAGGGCGGAGGAGAAAGAAGACUCCCCAGCGGAGCCGGUCCGUGCUCUGGCAGGGUGUAGACGUUUGUGUGUGCGACUCGCCGGCUGCGCAAUCGACGCGGGAGAGAGCCGGUCCCGGGCUGCGGCGGCGCGGCCGCGGGGAUGAGCCGGCCAUGGAGCGGCCUUGGCGGGGCGCACGCAGCGGGCUGGCGCUGCGGCGGGAGCGCCGCCUGAGCCGGGGCUCCGAGAGGCUUAGAAGCCUGCGGCGCCCUGAGGGGGUUCCUGCCGCCGCCUCCGGGAAGGACGCGAGCCACGCGUGGUGGACACUGCCGCAGUCACCGUACUGAGGCGCCCGGAACUUGCUCCGCCUGCAGCUCGGUGCGCUCUGGGCACCUGGGCGCCUUGCCCGGUGCACGGCGGCUGGCGCACAGCGGCUAGGUUGGCUGCAGGAGCCGGGUGCAGGACUGGCUAGAGGUGGGUGUGUGCGCUUGUUGGACUGGAGAUCCGAGUAGAAGCAGAACCAGGCGGCUCUGAGCAGCCAUGCUUCCCGGGGUGGGCGUGUUCGGCACCAGCCUCACGGCCCGUGUCAUCAUCCCGCUGUUAAAAGACGAGGGCUUUGCAGUGAAGGCGCUGUGGGGCCGCACGCAGGAAGAAGCGGAGGAGCUGGCCAAGGAGAUGAGUGUCCCCUUCUACACGAGCCGCAUUGACGAGGUGCUGCUGCAUCAGGACGUGGACUUGGUGUGCAUUAACCUGCCGCCGCCCCUCACCAGACAGAUCGCUGUCAAAACCCUGGGCAUCGGCAAGAACGUCAUCUGCGACCGCACGGCCACGCCGCUGGACGCCUUCCGCAUGACCUCCGCCGCCCACUACUACCCCAAACUCAUGAGCAUCAUGGGCAACGUGCUGCGCUUCCUGCCGGCCUUCGUGCGCAUGAAGCAGCUGAUCGAGGAGGGCUACGUGGGCGAGCCGCUGGUGUGCGAGGUGCAGGUGCACGGCGGCAGCCUGCUGGGCAAGAAGUACAACUGGAGUUGCGACGACCUGAUGGGCGGCGGCGGCCUGCACUCCGUGGGCACCUACAUCAUCGACCUGCUCACCUUCCUCACCGGCCAGAAGGCCGUCAAGGUCCACGGGCUGCUCAAGACCUUCGUGAAGCAGACGGACCACAUCAAGGGCAUCCGCCAGAUCACCAGCGACGACUUCUGCACCUUCCAGAUGGUGCUGGAGGGUGGGGUGUGCUGCACGGUCACCCUCAACUUCAACGUGCCCGGCGAGUUCAAGCAGGACGUCACCGUGGUGGGCUCCGCCGGGCGCCUGCUGGCCGUGGGCACCGACCUGUAUGGGCAGCGCAACAGCGCCCCAGAGCAGGAGCUGCUGGUGCAGGACGCCACGCCGGUGAGCAACUCCCUGCUGCCCGAGAAGGCCUUCAGCGACAUCCCCUCGCCCUACCUGCGCGGCACCAUCAAGAUGAUGCAGGCGGUGCGCCAGGCCUUCCAGGACCAGGACGACAGGCGCACGUGGGACGGGCGGCCCCUCACCAUGGCCGCCACCUUUGACGACUGCCUGUAUGCCUUGUGCGUGGUGGACACCAUCAAGAGGUCCAGCCAGACGGGCGAGUGGCAGAACAUUGCCAUCAUGACCGAGGAGCCAGAGCUGAGCCCCGCCUACCUGAUCAGCGAGGCCAUGCGCCGCAGCAGGAUGUCCCUCUACUGUUAGCACAGACUGGGGACCUCGGGGACUUGAGCCUUCUGCGGGGGAUGUCCACAGAGAGGGAAAGGUGACGGUGGCCAUGGGCAACGUGGGGAUCGGGGAGAUGGAGGGACAGUGUGAAUAAAUGGCAUCUGGGAAGGUAAACUCCAGCCCAAACCAGACUGCUGGUGGGCUGAGCCUGCAGCCUGGAAGCAUUCAGGAGGGCCUGCCAUUCCCGGGUUGACCCCUGCUGGGUAUUUGCACCAGAGUGGUUUGGUUUAGCUGCCUCUGCUGCGCUUUACUGUGACAAGCAAGGAGGGGUUGCUUCCCUCCCUACCUCAUCCACCCCUCACACACCUUGACCUCCUGUAAGCCAAGUGGGCCUGCAAGGUCAAGGCAACAGUAUCAGAUGCAAACUCAGUGCCCGGGACACCCACCACUGGCAGGAGAAGGCUCAUUUUCACAGUCUACAGAAGCCUGUUAGGCUGGGGUUGGGGGGUGGGAUAGGCUGUUGGGAAAGUUCAGAUUCCAGGAAGCUGCUAUUUGUUGAAUGUAAGGUAUCUGAGGGCAAAAGUACUUAGUAGCCAAGUGGCCAGCUUUUGACUGAUUGGGCUUCCUCAUAGGAAGCACUGAGAGUGUGUCUUCGCACUUGGUUCAUUGCCCUUCACCUGGUGGAGAGAGGUCAGAAAUAGCAAGCAGAAAGCAGGACUCCCUGAAGCCACAAGGAAAGAGCUCAGAUUGCACCAAAACAGGGGGAGCAGAGAAUAAAAUUGCUUCUUUGAUCUUGUCAACAAUUUAAAAACUGCAGAGUCACCUUAUAACUUUAUUUCCAGUAAAGGUGAAAUUGAGUGUCACAGGGAUUACUGAGGUGUUAAGGUAGCCCUGCCACAUGGCUCUCCAGGCAGUGCCAAGAAGCCAGCACAAGUAUGGGUUUGACCAUAAGCUCAAAUGCUGCCCCCAAAGACUGGGGACAGCUGUGUGCCUCAGUGUUGCAGUGUGAAUUCCCUAACAAGGUAAAGUAAGACUAGCCAGGGAGGUGUUCGGGGCUCCAUUACCCAUCUCGCCCACCAAGCUGGCAAGAGCUUUUAGGAGAUUCAUCCAGCUUUGUGGAAAAAGGAAGACUUCAGUUCCAAUCAGAAUCCUUUUUUCUUAAAAAAAAAAAAAAAAAAAAAAAAUUUUUUUUUCUUAGCUCCAGCAUUUGCUUUCAGGAUUCCGACACCAGAGAAUUUAGGGGUAGGUACUAAACUAAACAAAACAAAAGGACAACAAGGGACAUUAUUUCUCGUGUUUCUACGGGGCCAUACUUAGCAUUGAGAAGGCUAAUGGUGGAAAAAACAUGUUCUUCUAAUUGAUCUCCUGUGUCUCUUGUCUUUGCACACUCUGCUUACAGAGCUUUUGUUAGAGAUGCUGACUGCAGGCUGGAAGCAGGCAGUGCCAAAAGGGAACACAGACACACACAGACACACACACACACACACACACAGAGAGAGAUUUGUGAAUGCUUGCUACCAUCAAAUGUCACUGAAAUCAUUCUUAAAAAUUCAGAUCUGGUCUUGAAAGAAAGAUCAAGUCAAGCACAUUCAGAGAACAGGGAAUUAUCCUUUGUUAUCUUUGCUUAAUCCUUCACCCCACAUAAGACAUUUGUCAAGGGUGAACUUGGAAGCCAUUCCUCAUAAGUCUAUGUAGCCUUUGUUCACAGGCUCACUGAAGUCCAACAGGUGUCUUUACAUGCAGCUGAGGUUUAGAGUUCUUUUCAGAUAGCUGGCAUUAGAACUAGAAGGGAAUCUAAGAGGCCUGGAGUCCACCCCCAACCUUAGUAGGCAAAAUCUGAGAAUGAACAGCGCAAUCAGUUGCAUCCUUCAUUGUCCUCCAUAGGGUCAAAAUACUUUGAAGCCUGGCUACUCAUAGAUGCAAGUGUGGUGUGUCCAAACACCAGGGGAAUGUUGGGCAUUUUCUAGUACAGAGAAGUAUUGCCUUUCUGGAAAGAGUCACCCUGCUUCAUGGGACUUUGCUGCAGCACUGCAGGGUCGGUCAGCUGAAACUCCGUGCCUGGUUCAUUUGGUCCCUCACCUGUUGUUGACAGACUUCACGGUCAGCGCUCCUGCUCUUGCAGCUAUCAGUCCCAAACUGGAGAUUUACUGGAAUGGAAGCCUCCCCAUAAUAGUUUGAACAGACGGCCAUGUCAUGGACUGUUUUAGUUCUCGUUCUUCUAAAUUGCUCUCGGGGAAAGUAGUUUUUGUGGAAACAUUGGAAUUAUUAUUUUUUUUUCUAGCUAGCCUGAAGGGCUUUGAUUAGAGAUGAAGGGAAAGCAAAUGAAAUGACUCAAUGGGUUUCAUUUUUCUAAGUCAUUCGUAACCUAAAUAGGGAUAUUUCUGGAGUUUCAAUUGUAUGUUUCUGUACUAAAUCAUAAUACUUGGAAGAUCUUUUCCCAAGACUUGGGGUUUGGGAGAGAGGUCCCCACCAAGGCCUCUAAGCUCUGUAAUAAAUUUUUAGUAUCUAAAACAAAAAUUCUCAUUUGAGGCUGGGUAUAUAGAAAGAGCAUAUAUUCUU